UAUUAGUUCUGUCCGACGCGCUGCCGAGGAAUCUGUGCAAGAAUCUCGCGUGAGGCGUCUGACACGUGCGUCGCGUAAUUUCCGACGCCCGUCGCGACGCGGUGCAUCGAGUGUGCGAGGGAGCGGGCGAGCGUUUAGGGAAAAGUGGCGAGUGCGAGGGAGAGCGGCGCCCCUGCUGCCUGCUAAUAAAGUGAGGAGGCGCCACCGCCCUCGGGGGGGGGUGCACACGACAACCAUGCUUAGGGGAUUAAGACUGUUUUUGAUAGCAACCGUGGUGUUGCUACUACGUGUCGCUCCGUCCGUUGCAGAAGACUUACCGUUUGACUUACCGCCGUCCUUUCUACAAGCUGAGAGUGCCGAAGCGGCAGCAUUUUCUUAUGACUACAACCCUCCUGGACGCGGUGACGAUCCCGUUUCGCGACUCCAGAACCCAAUACGUCGACGAAAGCGACGAUGGCUUUCCCGCUUUCGGGUUCCGAUCUGGGGCAGACGUCAAGGUCGCCCUCAAACAAAUCCUGCCACACUCCAUCGACGAGGAAUUCUCCAUUUUGGUUAGUGCCAAACCGGUCACGAAGAACGGCGGUUUUAUUUUUGCCAUCGUCAAUGCCAUGGAAACCGUCGUACAAUUGGGCAUCAAAAUAAUGCCAGAAACUGGCCCCACGACCACCAUAGCGCUCUACCACACCGACUCAGCUACAGAAGUGACCUCGCGCAUAGUGGCCAACUUCACGGUGCCAAAGUUCUCCAACAAAUGGACCAAGUUCGCCUUGAGGAUCAGCAACGAUGACGUCACUUUGUUCUUCAACUGUUCGAAGACAGCUACGGUGGACAGCGUCCGGUUCCCGGUCACCUUUGACUCGGCGUCGACGCUGUAUCUGGCCCAGGCCGGACCCCGGAUCGGGGGGGCCUUCGAGGGAGCGUUGGCUUACCUGAAAAUCUUCAGGGACCCCCUGAGGGCCGAGGAACAGUGCAAGACGGAAUUCCAGGGAUUUAUUGACCCUCAGGGCGACGAAAGCCUUAAUAACACUAUAAGCAUAGAUAAUGACGAUAUUAAUGAAGAUUAUGACAUAAGUAAUGACAUAAACACUUACGUGGAACGCACCGAUUUCCCGCCCUACCGCAAAGAGGAGACGCACCACCAAGACGGGGGCGACCUGGAGGGCGACGACUUGGGGACCUUCCCACCCCCGCCGCCCUUUCCUCCCGACGUCGGUAAGACUUGCCUUCCCUGCGGCAGCUUACCGGAAAAUUGUUGUAACGUUUUGUUUAAUAAUUCGCAUGCAGCAGGACGAUAUCGCGGCGAGAAGGGAGAAAAAGGAUCUAGGGGCUCCCCUGGUGAAUCAGUGAGGGGCCCACCAGGGCCCCCGGGCCUCCCUGGCGCCGACGCCCCCGAGGUAAGCUUCACUUACCCACCACCCUCGAAACUAACCUCUAAUCAAUUUAAGGCCAAGUGCUCUUGCAACAUCACCUCAAUCAUCAGCUCUCUGAGCAAGAACUUACCUCACUCGCCAGCCGCUUCGGCGUUACCUGGUAAGGAAGGCUUACCGGGGAUGCCCGGGGAACAGGGCAGGCCGGGGGAGAAGGGCCCGCCUGGACCCCGCGGUGAGAAAGGAGAAAGAGGAGAAAGGGGUCCUCCGGGACCUCCAGGGCCUCCAGGUAACCGAGGAGAGCCGGGCAGGGACGGUUCUCCAGGCCCACCAGGACCGCCAGGGCCUGCAGGUCCCCCUGGCCCCACCGAAAUUGAUAUAGGGGUCAACGUAAAUGACCUAAAGAAGGGUACCUCCGGGGUCCCGAUCAUCCGUCCGGGGAUACCAGGGAGCAAAGGUGAACCGGGAUUGCCCGGGGAACGGGGCUCCAAAGGUGACCGAGGGGCCACAGGGGCUAAAGGCGCCCCUGGAACCAAAGGGGAGAGAGGAGACAGGGGGCUGCCGGGCGAAAAGGGGUCGCAGGGCUCCAAAGGGGACACGGGGAUAGACGGUUUCCCUGGCACGCCGGGGAUUCCGGGAGAAAAGGGGGACGUGGGGCCUCAGGGUCCACCCGGGAACCCCGGCGUACUUAGUGCUAACGGUACGGCGGUGUUCAACUGUCCCCCGGGACCCCCCGGCUUAGAUGGGAAACCCGGCGAGAAAGGGUCGCAGGGGGAGAAAGGAGCACGAGGGGCUCCCGGACCCCAAGGCCCCCCGGGGGACAAAGGAGCUCCCGGCCUGGACGGUCCGCUGGGCCCCGUGGGCCCUCCGGGGUCCAAAGGGGAACGGGGAGAAAGAGGCCCCCCCGGCGAAGUGUUUAUGCACAAAGGGGUGGACGGCGAGGAAAUCAUCACCCUCAAGGGUGAAAAGGGUGACAUGGGGCGUAGAGGGCGCAGAGGUAAACAGGGCCCCCAAGGCCCCCCCGGACCUCCCGGCAAGAUCGGGGACAUCGGCCUACCGGGAUUGCAGGGCAGGAUGGGGCCUCCGGGUCCGAAAGGCGAAAAGGGCGAACCCUGGAUCGGAGAUCUCACGACCCUGAAGGGGGAUAAAGGUGAGCCGGGGAAAGACGGAGUGCCCGGAAGAGACUCCGAGAGCCGGUUUAUCCCGGUUCCGGGACCACCGGGACCUCCCGGCCCACCCGGACUACCCGGACUCUCCAUUACCGGACCCAAGGGGGAACCUGGGGAGAGCAUUUUUAGCGAACCGCUCUACAACAUGAGACCAGGAUCGGACACGGUGGAGGAGUUGAGGGCCGUCCAGGAGCUGAAGGACCUGAAGAAAUUCGAAACAGGUCGUUCGACUGAUUCGCCCCCCAUAGCGCACGCGGUGACCCAAAAAAAGGAGGCUGUGCCCCACGUGGCGGGGGCCGCAGCCUUCAGGACACGUCGGGGCAUGCUGGAGGCUAUGGGCAACAGCCCCAUCGGCACCAUGGUGUACAUUAUCGAGGAGGAGGCGCUGGUCAUCAAAGUAAAUGCCGGCUGGCAGUAUGUGGCGCUCGGUUCCCUCCUACACCCCGACCCGCAUCCCCAACACGUGGCCACUACCACGGCACCCCCGCAAGUCAACCCCCCGUUCGAAUCCAGCAACUUGGUCAACCACAAUCUGCCGAAGGUACCGGAAAGGGCGGAAGUCCCUUACGCCAUACCCACCCAAGAAGUACCGAACGUCAUCGCGAGGGUUGGGGUAGACGUCAAGAGUACACAAUUCGCCUCCCUGAGACUCGCUGCACUUAAUGACCCCUACACCGGCAACAGUGGAGGAAUCAGGGGCUCGGACUACGCCUGCUACCGGGAGGCUCACCGCGCAGGCCUCAAGGGGACUUUCAGGGCUUUCCUCUCGUCCAGGGGUCAGGACGUCAAAUCGAUCGUCCGGCAAGUAGAUCGCGUCCUCCCAGUGACCAAUCUGAGGGGCGAAGUCCUCUUUGACUCCUGGACGGAGAUGUUCGACGGAGACAUGGCCACUUUCGCUCAUCAGCCGCGCAUCUUCUCGUUUAACGGUAAGAACGUAAUGGUUGACUCACACUGGCCCCAUAAGUCGGUGUGGCACGGCGCCCUGCCAGAUGGCACCAGGGAGCUGGACAUUUCGUGUGACGCGUGGCAGUCCAGUAUGGCGGACAAACACGGACUGGCGGGAGAUUUGAAAGCGAAAACUCUCCUGGACCAGAACCGAGUGUCGUGCGAUCGCAAGUUGAUCCUGUUGUGUAUAGAGGCGACCAGUGAGAUUUUCGUGAGGAGGAGAAGAAGGGAUGCGGAGGAACAGGGCGCAGACAAUAGUACCCUCGAUUUAGAAGAAAAUUAGCGAAAACUUGUUGGUAGAUUAAUUGAUUUUUAAAUAAAAUAAGUGUUUUUUUUUGUACUCUAUAAGGGUUUGUUCGUAGUGUCAAAAUUAUUUGAUAUAUGGCUUUUUUGACGCGUUAACGGAUCUGUGUAUCAUGUGAUAAGUGUUUCUUAUGUUCUAUAGGUACUACCCUGGGCCCUUUUUAUAUGAAUGUAUGUAUUUAAUUUUAGUGUUAAGAUGUAAAUUGUAAAAAGGUCGCCGCAGACUGUUCGCACGAUUUAACGAUGAACCAUAUCAAGCAUAUAUACGCGAAUAGUCUAGGGCGAGCUUUAUAGACCUUAAUAAAGAUCGUUUGAAAAUUA